UUCAUUCAGUCGUUCAUUCGGUUUAAAAAUGAUUUUUCUAACAUCAAUUCAUUAUUUUAUUUUUUCAUUGUGUAUUAUUUCUCAGUUGCUUUUAUGUUUUUGUGCAUAUCCGUCUUUUUCGUCACGUUUGGAGAAAGAUUUGAAAAUUUUAUCCAGAUUAUUGCCAGGAUAUUACAGCAACCAUCAGCAAUAUGUCUUAGAUGUUACAAAUGAGAUUCCAUCGGGCAGACGACAUCUGUCUUUACAAACGGUCAUCCGUCCAGUAUACAUCCCAUUUUUGGAAGAUUCUUUUAAUGUUUAUAUAGAACAAUACGUAAAUAAUAGACGUAACAAGCCGUUUAAACAAUGGCUUUAUAGUUUUCGGGUAGACAACCAAGGACGUGCUAUUCGGAUGAGGAACUUACUGUUAAGAGAUUCAGAAAAAUUAAAGCGUAUUCACAAAAAUCUUGAAUAUAUUCAAGAAUUAACAGAAAAAGACAUAUAUUCUCGCGAAAACUGUGAUAUGUUAUGGAGAAAAUUGAAGAAAAAGUAUUUCCACGGUGCCACAGGGAGAGACUGUGUUGCAUACGUAAAAGGCGAGAAGUUACGAAUUGAAACGUCUGCAACACUUGAUACAAGGUCUCUACAAUGGCAAGAGGGUUGGUUCAAAGUUAGUGAUGGCUCUGUAACCCUGGCAACGGAAGGACCAUACAUCAUGAAGAAAGUGCAGAAAAUAAAAAAUACCAAUUACAGACCUCACAAUAUCAAGUCAAAGAGCAGCAAAGUACCUCAAUCAUCGAACAAUGUAGUUCGGCGUAAAGACCAUGAACAUUCGGGAAAUCAGCUUCCAUUUUCUGAUGGUAUUUCAGCCAAUCAACAUUCAAAAAUAUGGAAUCUAGAAACCUUUGAUGAUAUAACAGACAAACUGUCAUCUGGAAGGUCUGUUUAUGUGGUUGUUGACGCAACAACGUGUUCCAAAUCGGGUUACCCUGUUCCAAACAGGUUUCAUUUCGGCAUGCAUAUAGACAAUUUUGAGAUUUCAUUAGACAAGAGGAAAUUUCAUGGUGACCUGUUAAAAUUCUCUGCAAUGAAAAAAGUUUUACAUGAAAGUGAUAUUAAAGAUAUUCUCCGAGAAAUAAAAGUUUACAGAGAUGGAACUGUUGUAGUCGAUUAUUAUAUCAUGGAUAGUUUCAGCAACCACGUGACCCAACAAGCAAUGGCUGUUUGUCGAAUAUACAACUCACAGACGAAAGACGGUCAUGUAAAAUUUACAUCUGAUCCAUUCAAACUCGUUAAAUCAGUAAAAUCAUUCGGCGCACUCCGAGCAUCUUUGAAAAAAGGACGAGACUCCAGGAUGGUAGUAGAUUUGACAAAAUGUUCACAUACACUAGACAAAACAACUAUUAUUGGUGGAACAUUAAAAGAUUACGAUUUCUUAAAUUCUGGUAACACCAUAGCAGCAACAAUUGAAAGAAUUCACAGCAAUAUGGACACAGAGAGUAUUAUAACAUCAAAAAAUGCGUUCGCUUUGUUUUCCAUAAAUAAUCGUAUGACAUUGACUUUGAAAUCACGAAAUAUUUCUAAAAAUAGUUCAGAUUUUUUUCUGGACAAAACUAUACAACAUCGAUGUAUUAUAGGGAAAGACAGCAAGAAAAAUGGUUUAGCUUUAUUCUACUCUCCGUGAUUAUUGACCAAUACUUAAUUUUGCCGUCGUGAUGUGGUACACCGAUAGUCUUUCUACAAAUUUUACCAAUAUGCAUUUUCGCGCUCUUGUUCUCGUUUAAAACUUAGCCAAUGGGUUUAUUAAGAAGAAUGCCAUCAUUCAAUUGUUUAUUCGGUAGUUCUAGUCUGUAAAAGUACUAUAUAUGGCUAAACUCUUUAUGAAUUAACACCCUUCUAACUAUAACUCCGUAAUCCUUAUUUAACUGACAGCAGGCACAUUUCAACAACACCUGAGUUUUUUAUGUAUUUUAUAAGCAGUAUACAUAUACGGUUGAAAUCUACAUAGAAUAAUGUACGUUUGACAACUUAUAAACACGAGAAAUGUAACAGGUUUAUGUUAAAUCAGUUAUUGGCAGACGAUCAACUUCUGCUUAUUGUUGUAUUAAAUAAAGUCAACAGUAGUAUACCGGUUUUCAAAAGUCAAGACUGUGAGUCGGGCUAAAGGCUGUGUUGAAGCUCAGUAGUCAGGAUUUCGCUACUAACAUGAUUUAUUAUAAACCUUUCUUAAAUGGUCUUUAAAAAAAUGAAAUUAUAAAGAAACUAAGAUUUCAACUCCCUCAGGCAAUUUGACCCGAGAAGGUUUUUGCUGUUUUAUAAAUAUUUCUUUUGGUCAUUUGCCUAAACAGCUGUUUUGAUACAUUCUCGGCUUUCAAGUAUUCGAUUUUGAUCGUUCCUGAUGAAGGUAGAUCAAGCAAAGCUCGUUGAACGUAUGAAAUUAUAUAACGUAUUGUUUUCGUCUUUAGAUAUUAAACAUUUUGUUAAGAGGAAACAGAAAAUUUUUCAUAUAUGCAUUCGUCAAACUUUCAUGUUAAUCCAGUGAACAAUUGUCAGUGGCAGUUUUAUACAACAAUUGAAUUUAUACAGAAUGUCUUAUACAUUCUAAACAGUAUUCAUUAAUUUUGCAGUUAGCAGAAAAGAAAUUAGAUAUUUUCGUGUAAGAGCCAUUGUGUAAUAAUGUUAUUUGUUGAUCGUUAUAUAACCAUGAUUCCUUGUAUAUAAUUGUUAUAUUUAUUAAAUUAUUUAUUUUUA